GUUUCAAUUCGCUCUUGUCUCCUCCCACCACAUCCCCAUACAAGCGAUCCCUCUCGCGCUUCAUACCGCCUUCUCCUCUUCCCCAAGACACCUCCCGUCACCAAGCUAGCAUACCAACAACACGAUGGCCCCCGCCGCCAAGAAGUCCACCACCGCGAAGGCGUCGAGCAAGGCGGCCCCCGCUGCCAGCAAGACUGCCGCCAAAUCCACCCACCCCCCUUGGGCUGAGAUGAUCAAGGAGUGCAUCGUUGACAACACUGAGGACGCCCGCCACGGUGUCUCGCGUCCGCAGAUCAAGAAAUAUGUCGAGGAGAAGUACAAGCUCACCAUCGGCCCUGCGCAGAACACGCAACUCGCCCGGGCGAUAGCGUAUGGCGCUGAGAAAGGCCACUUCGUCCUUCCCAAGGGUCCUUCUGGCCGCGUCAAGCUUCCGCCCAAGAGCCGUCCCGCCGACGCUGCCUCCAAGGAGAAUAAGCCCGCCGCGAAGCCGAAGUCCGCUGCUGCGAAGGUGCCGGCGUCCAAGGCUAAGGCUGCUCCCUCGAAGGCCAAGGCUGCCCCCACGAAGACGGCCACCAAGAAGGCCACCACCGCUAAGGCGACCACUGCGAAAAGCACGGCGCGGACCACCAAGGCUGCUGGGACCGUCAAGAAGCCAACGGCGGCCAACGCGAAGGCGCCCGCUAAGGCCAAGGCGUCGACAAGCAAGGCGAAGGCGGCAGAGCCGGGCAAGAAGAAGGCAGCUGCACCGGCGAAGAAGAACGCAGCGGCAACGACCAAGAAGCCUACGGCGGCGUCGAAGCGGGCGCCUGCGAAGAAGGCUGCCACUGGCACGACGCCGGCGACGAAGGCGAAGACGGCAGCGAAGAAGGCGACCGUGACGAAGAAGGCUGCACCGGCGAAGAAGGCCGCGGACAAGGAGAAGCCCGCUAAGGCGGCUCGCACAUCGUCCGGGCGCAAGACGACGGCGCCCAAGAAGUAGGCGGCGAUUGCGUCCAGUCUUUCAUGUUUCUUGCCCUACGCCUUUAUGGCGGUGUACACUUUCCCGUCUUCUCUUCCCUCUUGUGUCUAUCCUCUCCCCUGUGCCUCCUACUACGCACCUUCCUGUGCUCGCGUUGAGUACUCCAUACCAUACGUGCUUCCUCCCUCGUCUCUUCGCGUCCUAUCUUCGAUAUGUGCCUCUGUUUCUCGUUCUUGUAUGUAUCACCCCGAUCGUAGCGCAUCGCAGACUAUAUAGAGUAUGAGUAUGUAGGAUGCGUAGUAGUAGUGAUGCACCGUAGUGUAAUUUAUGUUUAUAUGAUGCGAUAAAGUGGA